AUGCUACUUGAAAAGAACACGGCAUGGCACUGGGAUGUGCAGCAACAAAACAGUUUCGAAAGAUUAAAGCAAACAAUAACAAAUGCACCUGUUUUGAAAUAUUAUGAUGUAAACAAACAUGUAACUAUUCAAGUUGAUGCUAGCCCUGAUGGGUUAGGAGCUGUCCUUUUACAGGACGAGCGCCCAGUCGCAUAUGCAUCACGGUCAUUAACACAAACACAACGAAACUAUGCGCAGAUAGAAAAAGAGAUGUUAGCUAUCACAUUCGGUUGCGAACGAUUUCAUGACUAUAUUUUUGGAAAGAAAUCAGUUACUGUACACACAGACCAUAAACCUUUAGAGUUUAUUUUUAAGAAGCCCCUUUAUCAUGCGCCACUAAGGCUCCAAAGAAUGAUUUUGAGAACACAAAAAUAUUCCAUAAAUGUCCAGUAUAAACCAGGGAAAGAGCUGCUCAUUGCAGACACCCUAUCUAGGGCCUGCCAGCAAAGCAACAGCAGCAUUAAUGAGCUGACAAGGGAUUUCGAAGUGAAUGUUAUAGACUUGCUACCAAUGUCAAAAGAGAAAGUUCAACAACUUCAGUCAGCAACGGAGGUUGAUCAAGAUUUGAAAGAACUGAAUAGCUGUAUCAAAGAAGGCCGGCCAACAGACAAAUCCAAAGUACCAGAAGGUGCAAAACCAUACUGGAACUAUCGAGACCAAAUAAUCGAACAAGCAGGACUAUUGUUCAAAGGAAAUAAAGUCAUUGUUCCACGUGUGCUACGGUCAGAAACUCUCAAGAUAAUACACAAUGCUCAUCUUGGCAUUGAAAAAUGCAAACGGAGAGCGCGGGACAUAUUAUUUUGGCCUGGUAUGAAUGCCGAGAUAGAAGACCUUGUCAAGAAAUGCCAAGUUUGCCAAGACCACCAGGUAAGAAACAUGAGAGAACCCCUUCAUCCCCUAGACAGUCCUUCAAGACCUUGGGAAAUAGUUGCAACAGAUCUAUUUGAGCUGGAUGGAUCUUCAUAUCUGAUUCUUGUUGAUUCCUAUUCUGGGUUUUUUGAAAUUGCUCAACUGACUGGAACUAAAAGUUCCUCUGUGAUAACCCAUUGCAAGUCCCAAUUUGCCCGUCAUGGUAUACUGGAUACAUUAAUAUCAGAUAACGGCCCACAGUUUGCCAGCCAUGAAUUCGCCACAUUUGCACAAGAGUAUGGAUUUCAACAUACUACAUCAAGUCCCCAUUUUCCACAAUCCAAUGGGUUAGCCGAAAGAUAUGUACAAACAGCCAAGAACCUCUUAAAGAAAGCAAAGCAAGCAAGCACUGACCCCUAUCUUGCCCUGUUAGCAUAUCGCAACACCCCAGUUAAUGAAAAAUUGGGAUCCCCAACCCAGAGAUUAUUUGGUAGAAGAACAAAAACCACCUUACCCACUUCGACCACACUAUUAGAACCAAAGAUAAUUGAACCCAAAAUAGUCAAAGAAACCCUCCAUAAGAACAAAGAAAAACAAAAACAGUACUUUGACCAUCACACUAAAGAGCUUUCAGUCCUUCAACCAGGUGAUAAUGUUCGGUAUGAGACCAACACUGGACUAAAAGCAGCAGUAGUGAUUGAAAAGAGAAAAGAGCCCAGAUCGUACAUGAUCCGUACAUCUAAUGGGUUCGUACUGCGAAGAAACCGGAAACAUCUAUAUGAAUCUACUGGCAUGAACAGAUUGGAGAACUGUGAUCUAGAUGAUGAUAACAUCACCGAGUACCAACCUCCACACCAAAUACCAAUUGCCGUGGGUAGGCAGCAAAAUGGGUUAGAACCUGGACAAGCACCACAAACACCACAAUUGUACACAACUCGAAGCGGUCGUGCUAGUCGUAAACCAGAAAGAUUGCAAGCCAAUUAA